CUUUAGGCUCAACAUUAGAUCGGUCGCGGUUGAGAUUUGAUUGUUCGAGCGCAUAAAUAUCAUUUGUUUUACCGGAACGAUACCUAGUUAUUUAGAACCCGAGGUACUAUCAGCGCGCCUAGUCCACCAUGCGAAAAAUCUCUACUCUCCUCUUGAUUCCCUUCAGUUCGUGCAUCAUCUAUUUUUUCGGUGUACGGCCAACACCAGGACCGGACUUGGGACGGGACUUUCGUAUUUACCAACCGACUCCGUGGUACUGGGAGCAAGCAGUUGCGCGAAACCGUAGUGUGGUUCCUGUUAGGUCCGUUCACGAUUUCAAGCCGGAUCUGCAGGGAAAAGUGGCUAUUGUCACCGGCAGCAGCUCCGGUAUCGGCCGUGCUGUCGCCAAGGAGCUGUUCCUCCGCGGCUGCGCCGUGGUCAUCACGUCGCGGAGCCGGCAGCGAUCCGAGAAGGCAGCUAGCGACAUGGUGCGAGAAGUGAGCGAACGGGGGGUGGAUCAACAAAGUAAAGCCCGUUUAGUGGGUGUGGGAUUCGAUUUGAGCGACCUAGAAGACGUGCGGAAGUUCGUCGCGAAUUUCACGGAGGCGUUCCAGAGGUUGGACUUUCUGAGCACGAAUGCGGGGAUGACGGCACUUUUGGCCGGGUGGAGCGGACCGUGGGAAAGUCCGCAAAAGUACGAAAUGCUCUACGCCGCCAACUACCUCGGACACUUUCUCUUGCUGCAGCUGCUGCUCCCGUUUUUGAAAAAAACUCCCGGCGCAAGGGUGGUGGCAACGUCGUCGAUCAUGCAUUGGCAGCACGACAGCGACUUGGAUUCGCUUCUGCCGUCGAGGAAUAAAAAACGCAGCGACGAGCACGCGUGGCCUUGGACGAAGCUGAACCAGUAUGGCAACACGAAGUUGCUGCAAGUCCUAAUGUGUUUCGAGAUGCAGAGGCGGAUUCCUGAGGUCCCCUGUGUACCGGUAGCGCCAGGGCUGAUCUCUACUGCCAUAGGAAACCAGAAAUUGCAAGCGCGCGACGGCGUCGAUCAGUGGAUCCCGGUCGUUAGCAAAUCUCCUUUCGACGGCGCGCAGACGACGAUGCACGCGCUCUUAGCUUCCGAAGAAGAAGGGAAGAAUAACACUGCCGGGGUCUUCCUUCAACCGUAUUACAGUCCGCUGCACUUUGGAAGACCACUUUUUCCGUUCGGGGCCGUACUAUGGGAGCCAUUCACGCAGCAUUUGAUGUGGGGGCUGCACAAGUGGGUAGCACAUGCGGACGCCUACAACAGAACCUUCGCGGAAAUCUUAUGGAAAGAAUCAAUGGAAGCAUGUGGGCUACCAAACUAACACGGGUAUGUAUCUCGUAAACUUGAAAUGCAAACCCACACACAGGGACAAGAUGAAAAGAACAAUCAAUCCCCCACAAAAACGAAAUACAAAGAACAAUCCACAUCUUUUGAGCACUUCAAAAAAUCCAAAAUCCUUUCAAAC